CUUGAUAACGUUAUACUUUACUAUGCAAUCUAGAUUAGUACCCUCUGUAGUACACAUGGAUGUUUGUCCGUCAUGGUCGCAGUUCUUGUCGUUCGGCACUCCACCGUCUCGUCACAGCAUGGCCAUGACGGGGUUGAAGGUCCUGAGCUUCAGAUGGAUUCUCCUGGGUUGCAUCGGUGCCCUUGUUGUGUAUCAGUCGGUCGACGUGUUCCUGAGCUACAGAGCUGCCGCGUCGUCGGCGGCGCUGGCGACGCACAGACGGGCCUUUCGGCCGUUGAAGGCACCCGACGACAACGACCUCUUGCACAUGAACCAGCUCAUGGCGGAUUGCCUGACCAAAGGCGAAGCGAUCAUAUCGUGACGGUAAAUGCAGCCUCCGUUGUGGCGCGAAUCGGCCGCGAAGGACAUGCUUGCCGAGAUCCUGCGUUGCCCGGAAACCGAGGUUUUUCUCCCCGUGGGGAUUCGGUCAUACGGGUACUGCGAAGAUGCCAUGGCUUACGUCAAGUUCCUCGAAAUCGCGCGAUGCCAAACUGGGUAUACGAGGAAGCAUUCCACAUCGACUGUACGUCCACCCGGCAUGACGCCCGUGACCCAACAUGGACUGGUGGGUCCAGGUGCCCACACCGCUCUGUCGUUUUGGAGAUAAACAACACCAGUUGGAGUUGCGCCAUGCGUCGACUGGCCGGCCAAGCAUCCAACGUGGCGCCUACGAGGCGGGCGCAUUGGCAUAAACAAGUGGAACGAUCCCAAGACCUUUUGAGUCGCCCUUGGCAGCCAACAUGAAAGUGCCGCGCUGGGCAAGGCGCUUGCGAUGCAUGUGGAAGGUCUGAAUGGUUUAGCAUGUGGCUGUGUCGACGGUCAAUGCAUCUGUAGCGAGGGCUUUGACGCCGAAACCUAUUGCACGGAAUGGUCAACCAACUACUUUGGACUCAACUGCACGAGGUGUGAAUCGUGCCACAGCCGCGGCAUAUGCAAUGGAGGACUCGACAAACUGCUUGACGUGCAUGAGCGGGUACGUUGGCCACGACUGCUCGAUAUGCCGGCGGUGCAGUCAAGGACGAUGCGAUAAUUCAAUCCGUCCAUAAGCACUUGCGAAUGCGACGCUCGGUGCAGCGGCAUGGGUUGCGAAGUGUCAG